GUGUUAAUGAUGAACAUGAAGCUCUGUGUAACGCGGGGGCAAACAGGCAGCUUGUUGAGCAGCUCUCAGGUCAGCUGCUAGCUGACCACUGAACACAGAUGUGAGCGAGAUUCUUGUAUUAUGCUUGUUGACAGCGGCACUAAACCGCCGUGGUCGGUACAAUAUACGACCAGACGCAGUCUGACAUUGACCAGGGAUGAAAGAACCGACUUCACACUUUGUCACUGGGACUAGGUCUCUGAAGAAGGUUAAACUGAGAAGAUUUCGGGGAGAUACGCUGCUCCUGCCCUCCCACUUGCUCGGAGAGCCGAAGGUACGUUCUUCAGGUCUGGUUGGAUCCAGAUUUUGGCUUUUGCCAACACUUUUUUGACGUUUCCUGGCACUCGACGAUUGGCAACAUAAAUGAUGAAGUACAAGCCCAACCAGACCAGGACGUACGACGGCGAAGGGUUCAAGAGAAGAGCGGCGUGUGUGUGUUUCAAAAACGAACAAGAGGACGAAGUUCGGCAGCAGACACCUGACGAAGACCUUUCUCCUUGGCAGGUGCUACUGGUGAGCAGCAGUCGACAUCCAGACCAAUGGAUCGUGCCAGGAGGAGGAAUGGAGCCUGAGGAGGAGCCCUGUGGGGCCGCCGUCAGGGAGGUGUACGAAGAGGCUGGUGUGAAGGGAAAGCUUGGCAGACUACUUGGGAUUUUUGAGCACAAUCAGGACAGAAAGCACAGGACGUACGUCUUUACCCUCAUAGUGACGGAGACACUGGAGGACUGGGAGGACUCUGUCAACAUUGGGAGGAAGAGAAAGUGGUUCAAAGUUGACGAAGCCACCAGGGUGCUACAGAGCCACAAGCCUGUCCACGCGGAGUACCUGCGGAGGCUCACAACCACCUGUAAUCCCACCUGCAGUCCUGUGUGUAGCCCGACUAACGGCAACACCCCGAGCUCCCAAGUGAUGGACAACAACACACCUCACUAUGUUGUUUGCUCCUCAAAGGGCUCAGAUUUAGUCAACAGAUAGGACCAUCACCGGGAUGGACACAUCAUCUGAAAAAGACUUCUGUAUUGAUCGCAUUAGUAACGCAGCCUCUUAAUAUGUACAGUAUGGACCUCUUUAAGUUGAUUUGAAAUCUAUUUCGAGUGGGCUUGAAGAGUGCCAAAAUCUUUUCCAAGUAUAUUUAAGAUUUUAUGUUAUUUUUUAACAACCAUAACCAGAUAAUAGAGUAAAUGUGUCCCUGUAAAGUUUCCAGCUUUACAUGGAUUUUCUGUGUGCUGGGGAUGCAAUGUGAGAUCCUUUUCAGUCUUAGAUGGUGAAUAUUUGACUAGCAGUGCACAAAAGUGUUUGGGUGGUUUCCUGAGAAAGUCAUAUCCCCACAAUGACUUGGUGCCAAAAAAUGCCUUUCGGCGAGACGUUUUGAAGAGGAGUUGCUAUAUGUGUAUUAAUUGUGACAUUUUUUGGUAGUAAAGCUAACUUCACCUUCUUCCUAAAGAGAGCUGAGGGCAAUAUCUGCUUUGAUGCAACAAGUGUGAAAAACAUUGCUCCUCCGGUAAUUACCGUCUAACAAGUACACACAGCGUCGCGUCUCUAAUCACUAGUAAGAGUGUAACACUGUAAUAAAGAUUAGACAAAUCUCUGCAAACCAGCCACCACACUGAAAUGGAUACAUAAGUAGUCCUUGCUCAAACAUCCUAUUACUUGUACAUAUAUUUAAUGUAGUCAGGCUGACAAUAUGUUGGCACAGUUAGAUAAAUAUCAGCUUUGGUAUAGUGGAACAAAACUGCAGUCAGCAUAAUCAAAACUUGGACAUGAAAGAGACAGUAUUCAACACUAUAAACACGUAGACUAUUGUACAAGAAAUAACAUUCUGAAGAAACAAAAGUGAAUUCUUGUGAAUGCCUUUGAAGACCAUAUAGAGGAGGCAGUGGCUUGAGAAGAGUGUUUUAGUCUGAUACUUCGAACUGCCUUUACAAACACUAGUAAAAAGUGUAAGCAGUACAAUGCCUCACAACCACACACACAUACACACUGUUAAAAUCAACCCCUUAUAUUUCUCAGCUGUGGUUAUAUUUACAUAAUAGGAUGUUGAAGGAAACUUAAAAUUGAAUGUACAUUAUUUAGUGCGCAUUGCCUGAAUUUAUUUAUGUUUCAUGGGGAAAAAACCCUCCCAGUAUGAACAGGAAACUAUGACAGGAAGUCAUGGUCAGUGUGUAGGCUAAAGGGUUUUUUGUCAAUAUCCCAAAAACAGCCAAAUGAUGUGAUAAAUUCAGUUUAUUGACUAUCAUUGCCUUUGUACUUAAAGGAGCAUGGGGAAGAUCAAUGUUGACUAACCCUUUUUUUCUAUUUGUGCAUGUGUGACUGGAAUACUCUGCUGUGCAUCAUGUUGUAUACAAAACCUUUAAAUAAAAAAACAGAUCGAUCA